AUGGCAAGAUUAAUUUUCAUAGCAAUAGUCUGCUGUGUCGCGAAUACCAUAGCUCUUCCGUACCAACAGGCAACUACGAAAAACUCAUAUUCAUUCCCCUUCGUAUCACGUGCUGAGUGGGGAGCAAACCCUGCAAGCUCGACUAUAAAUCUUGCAAGACCAGUACCAUUGGUAGUGAUACAUCACACUGCCAUACCAGGAGAGUGCCGUACUAGGAGUGCUUGUAUAAACAGUAUGAGGUCCAUGCAAGUUGCACAUCAAAGUGGCAACGGGUGGUCUGAUAUUGGGUACAACUUCGCUGUGGGUGGUGACGGAGCGGUGUACGAGGGCAGGGGCUGGACAACGGUAGGCGCACAUGCUGUUUCGUUUAAUAACAGAAGUAUUGGUAUUGCUCUCAUUGGAAAUUUUGUUACGAGAAUUCCACCUGCAAAUCAAAUGCAAGUUUUAAAACGGUUAAUAGCCGAAGGCGUGCGACUUGGCCACAUUUCGCCAUCAUAUGGACUCAUAGGUCAUCGGCAAGUUUCUGCUACGGAGUGUCCUGGUACAGCAUUCUUCAACGAGCUCCGAAAAUGGGACAGAUUCCAGGCUACUCUUUGA